CCGGCUCCCGCCUACGUGUGCGAGCGCAUGUGGAGGCGCCACCGCCCGGCCUGGGGAUGCGCGCGCGCGGGCGGGGGCGCGGGCCCCGCACUGCCCUUUGUCUUCCGUGUCUUGUCGGCUUCUGCUGUCUGCCCUUCCCCAAACUUGGUGGUUUGGGAUGUUGGGUUGGGGGGCGGGGAACGCGGGGAGAUUUUUGGGACGGGAAGUGUGCUUGGCAAAUGCUCCCAGGCAAGUGCAUUGCAAUGUGAAUCUGUGCCCUGCAGGACAGAAAAAUACCGACGGGUCGCCUAGCAGAUUGGGCAUCGGUGUAACAGUUUUUUUUUUAAAUUAGUCCUCAUCGACCAAGUCUGUCAAAAACAGAGAAGCUGUGGGUUUAUUUGAACAUUUUUAAGGCGCUCAAAGACUUUGUUUAUUUAAAGCACUUUGAGAUAUGCCAGAUUUAAGUAAAUGGAAACUUUAGCCGCCUCAGGUGGGUUUUAUUUUUUGUUGGUUUUCUUUUGGUUUGGGAUUUUUUUUGCUUCAGUUGUUUGAAUUCAUUGUGUGUCUGCACUUUAUCAAAGCCGGCUAUUGAGAAUCCUUUGGGAGAAGAUAAUCUUGUUGGACAGAAGGGAGGUGAGUUUACGGAAAAAGGAAAAGCUUGGGGCCUUAAUCUCCUGUGAUUAAUAGGUUAUGAUUGCGCAAUUUGUUGUCAAGUAUGGAGCCUGGUAUUGUUUAGAAUAAAAAAAAAAAAAAACCUCGCCUCUGUAUAUCCACAGCUGAUUAUAUUUUACAUUUAUUUGUAUUUUUUUCAGAAAAAUUCAUUGUUUAUGGUUUUUCAAGUAGAAUUUCCUAAAAAGUAGGACAUUAAAAUUUCUCUUUAAAUUUUAACAUUUAAAAAAGUGCUCGAGGUGUUUUAAAAAAAUUUUUUUAACUAAUAAAACCUGAUCUGUAGCCUCAGUCAUUAUGUUUGUGUUUAAUUAAGAGAGGUGCCAUUUAGGGAGAGUGCUGUAACUCUUGUGGUUUUAUGGAUGCUUAAUAAAUCCCUAUAAACUGGUGAUUCUUUACAGAGGAGCACAGACCAGGGGGUGGGAGUGAGGGUGGGGUUAGUGAAAUGGGAGCAGUGCUGUAAUGUUCAUCCCAAAGGGAAACGCAUUUUUGAAAAUUGAGAAACAUCACAUAUAGCCUGACAAGUAGGCUAGGACGCUGUUAAGUCAAAUAUUUUUGAGAGAUCUUUGAAAUGUUAAAACAUGAAUAAACCUAUUUUGGGGAUGUGAGGGCCAUCUGGCUACGACAUCUGUCACCCCAUUGAUUCGGCUGAUCUGGCUGCCUAGGCGGGUGUCCCCUUCCUCCCUCAUCGCUCCACGAGUGUCCCUCCUGAAGCUGUGUGUUUAGGCAAAGAGGAUAACCAUCCCCGAUAGAGGAGAACCAUUCUUGGGUCAAGGGUAUAUGAGUAGCUACGCUCCCCUGCUAGAACCUCCAAACAAGCUAUCAAGGUCCAAUAAGAAAACUGUUUUGUGUAGAGAUCCUUAAAGUGUAUUUUUGGAUAAUAUUAUUGGUUCUUUGAAACUUUUUUUUGAUGGUUCUGUACACAACUGAUUAUGAUACGCUUUAAUAGGAGCACUGAGCAAGAUUUGAGGUAAGCCAUUGUAACGUGUUGUCCGACUCUCCAGCCUGCUGGUAGAAUAUUCAAAGCAAAAACCCAACUGAAGUAAGCUACUCGCAUUGCAAUUUAGACAGGAGCCAGCACAGCCUGAGUAGAGCGGAGGGGCGAAAACAGACGAAACAACGCAUGCGCAGUAACCAUCGCGUGAUCGGGCGGACUCCACUGGAGACGGUUCUGAAGGGGCCGGAAACGCGUCACAAAGAGCGUGUGCGUCACGUCGUAGGGGGCGGAGCGUCUGAGCCUGGUUUCCUCGGCUACCGCUGCCGGCUGGGUAACGUUUGUGGUGCGUGGUUGGCGACUUUCAGACAUGGGGACUCCCGCAGGCUUGCAGACGGACUGUGAGGCGCUGCUCAGCCGCUUCCAAAAGAUGGACAGCGUGCGCUUCGAGGACUUCACCGAACUCUGGAGGAAGAUGAAGUUCGGGACCAUCUUCUGUAUAUUUAUUACUUGAAGAGCCCAGGCUUUGGAAGUAUGAUGGAAUCUGCUUUUCUACCCUGCUCUUUAUGUUGUGGCAAAAUGAGACAUUUAGAAAAGAACACAUUUACAAAAGAAGCUUUGGCUUUGGCUUGGCGAUAUUUUCUACCUCCAUAUGCCUUCCAGAUCAGAGUUGGUGCUUUGUAUCUGCUCUAUGGAUUAUAUAACGCCCAACUAUGUCAACCUAAACAAAAGAUUAGAGUCGCCCUGAAGGAUUGGGAUGAAAUUUUAAAAUUUCAGCAAGAUUUGAUAAAUGCACAACAUUUUGAUGCAGCUUAUAUUUUUAGGAAGCUUCGACUAGACAGAGCAUUUCACUUUGCAGCCAUGCCUAAAUUGUUGUCAUACAGAAUGAAGAAGAAAAUUCAGCGAGCGGAGGUUACAGAAGAAUUUAAGGACCCAAAUGAUCGUGUCAUGAAACUUAUCACUUCUGAUGUACUAGAGGAAAUGCUGAAUGUUCAUGACCAUUAUCAAAGAAUGAAACAAAUAAUUUCAGGUGAUAAAUCCAAUCCAGACAAAGCCCUCAGCUUGAUAAAGGAUGAUUUUUUUGAAAAUAUCAAGAACAUAGUUUUGGAGCAUCAGCAGUGGCACAAAGACAGAAAGAAUCCACCCUUAAAAUCAAAAGUUAAAGAUGGAGAAGAAAAGAGUGAAGGAAAUUCACAACAAUCAGAGAGAUGUGAAAGGGCAGAAUCAUUAGCAAGAAUAAAAUCAAAGGCCUUUUCAGUUGUUGUUCAGGCAUCCAAGUCAAGAAGGCAUCGCCAGGUCAAACGUGACUCUUCUGACUCUGAUUCUGCAUCUGGUCAAGGACAAAUCAAAGCAACUAGGAAAAAAAGAAACAAAGAAACACUGAAAUCAGCAGGAAGGAAGAGGACCGCCACAAACAGAGGUGACACACAGAAUGCACAUAAUAAGGAAGAUAAAUCUUUAAGUCUGAGUAUGCCUGUGAUUACAGAAGAGGAAGAGGAGAAUGAAAGUUUUAGUGAAACAGAGUUCACUGCACCCAAGAGGAGAAGAAAACAGAGAACAAAGAGCCUGAUGUAGAGUUCUUAAUUUUGAACUUUCUGACAGAAGAAAAGGUUUAUAUUUUGUGUAUUGAGUGGGAAGACUGCCAGUAUUAAAAAUAAUUCUUCUGGGAAGCUGUAGGUAUUUCUUUGAAAUAACAGUUCUUUUAAUAUAGUAAUAUAAUAAAAAUACAAAAAAUUAGGGUAAUAAUUUACUCUAAAAUGUAAUUUUAACAUUUCUGUGAAAUACUCAUAAAUGAAGGUAAAAUUUAGAUUUAGAAUGUAAUAGAAUCCUAUUAUUUGCAGAUUAUUGUUAUUUUCUACAAUUUUUUGUGGUAUUAUACUGUCUUAGUACAGUUCUGAUAAUAUUAACUAUUUAAAAUCUUAUAGAAUAUUAAGAUAUUAAAAUAUUAAUGUUUAUUACAUGUAAAUGGCUCGUUAUCUUAUAUCUACAGUAUGGUAAUGGAUGUGUUUAUGAUGUAUAUUCACUGUUUAUAUAUUUUUAAGUGCAGUAAAGUUUUUGCCUUAUUUGGUUUAUUUAUUUUUGAAUUUUUAUUUUUUGACCAUCCAUGUGGAAGUUCCUGGGCCAGGGAUUAAACCCUCACUGCACCAGUGACCUGCGCCACUGCAGUGACAGUGCUGGAUCCUUAACCUACUGCACCACAAUGGAACUUCUGGUUUAUUUUUUAAUAUUUGAAACAUAUGGUCAGUAACUUAUAUGAUUGAUAACUUAGGAGGCUCAGUUUCUACUUCUACGGAAUUAAGUAUUUUGUGCUUGUUUUAAAGCUCCCUUUGGCCUACAUUGUCUGUUUUUAUACAUGUGUGUUUGUGUAUGUGUAGAUAUAUGUAUGCUUGUGUCCAAUUAUACAUAUAAUAUCAUUAGUCAGUGCCUAAGUACAUUUAAAUACUGAUUAUGUCUAGUAAAACCUUUAAGAGUGGUAAUGUAAACUCCAGAAUGUAUCUGUGAUACAGAAAGUUGGUACUCACAGAAAAAAAUUGUAUAGCUUCAUGAACGUACCUCUCCGUUAGUUUCUCAUUUGUGAGAUUGCUUCAGCCAUGUUGUUUGAGUGGCAGACCAUCUCCACAUCAUGUGGUUGUUUCAGCCAGUCUUACAGUUGAUUAUAUACAUGUGGUGUAGUCAGGAGUUCUGCAAAUGUCUUAUGAGUGAAAAUGUGUGUAAUUCUUUAAAAUCAAAAUACUAAUGCUAGCCCAGAUAAAACUUUCAUUUAUUAGAAUCUGUGCUGUCAAA